CGGAGGGCGUGGGCCGGGGGCGGGGCGAGCCCCUCGGCGGGGUGCCGUGCGGGGGGAGCCGCGGGAGUCGGGCUGCGGGAGGCGGCGGGGAGGAAGUGAUCGCUCCCGGAGGAGGCGAGCCGCGCGGCGGGCGCAGCGUGAGACAGCACAUCCUGCCCGCGCCCCGGGAGCCGCCGCCGUUCCGCCCUGCCGCAGCCCGGCAGCCACCGCCUCCGCCCUGGAGCCCCGCACGGCCGCGCCGCGCAGCCAGGAAACCAAAAUGUCUGACAAAAGUGACUUAAAAGCUGAACUGGAGCGCAAAAAACAGCGCUUAGCCCAGAUAAGAGAAGAGAAGAAGAGAAAGGAAGAAGAGAGGAAAAAGAAAGAGGCUGAUAUGCAGCAGAAAAAAGAACCUGUUCAGGAUGAUUCUGAUCUGGAUCGCAAACGUCGGGAGACAGAAGCCCUGCUUCAAAGUAUUGGUAUAUCACCUGAGCCACCUCUAGUCCCAACCCCUAUGUCUCCCUCCUCGAAAUCAGUGAGCACUCCCAGUGAAGCUGGAAGCCAAGAUUCAGGCGAUCUAGGACCGUUAACAAGGACCCUUCAGUGGGACACAGACCCCUCAGUGCUCCAGCUGCAGUCAGACUCAGAACUUGGGCGAAGACUGCAUAAAUUGGGUGUGUCGAAGGUUACUCAAGUGGAUUUCCUGCCCAGGGAAGUAGUGUCCUACUCCAAAGAGACGCAGACUCCUCUGGCCACGCAUCAUUCUGAAGAGGAUGAGGAAGAUGAUGAAAUGGUAGAGCCAAAAGUUGGUCAUGACUCUGAACUGGAAAAUCAAGACAAAAAACAGGAGGUGAAGGAAGCCCCUCCAAGGGAGCUGACGGAAGAAGAAAAGCAGCAGAUCCUUCAUUCAGAGGAAUUCCUCAUCUUUUUUGAUCGGACAAUAAGGGUAAUUGAAAGAGCGCUGGCAGAAGACUCUGAUAUCUUCUUUGACUACAGCGGUCGAGAAUUGGAGGAAAAAGAUGGAGAUGUCCAGGCUGGAUCCAACCUUUCGUUCAAUCGUCAGUUCUAUGAUGAGCAUUGGUCCAAGCACCGAGUAGUCACUUGUAUGGACUGGUCUCUCCAGUACCCGGAGCUGAUGGUUGCUUCCUACAAUAACAAUGAGGAUGCUCCCCAUGAACCAGACGGAGUAGCCUUGGUUUGGAACAUGAAAUUUAAGAAAACCACACCAGAAUAUGUCUUCCACUGUCAGUCCUCUGUGAUGUCAGUCUGCUUUGCUCGUUUCCAUCCCAACCUGGUCGUUGGUGGGACUUAUUCAGGCCAAAUUGUCUUGUGGGACAAUCGCAGUCAUCGAAGGACACCAGUGCAGCGGACACCACUGUCAGCCGCUGCACACACGCAUCCUGUGUACUGUGUAAAUGUUGUUGGGACCCAGAAUGCUCACAACCUCAUCACUGUAUCCACUGAUGGUAAAAUGUGUUCUUGGAGUCUGGACAUGCUCUCUACUCCACAGGAGAGCAUGGAGCUGGUAUACAAUAAGUCCAAACCUGUGGCUGUUACCGGAAUGGCUUUCCCGACAGGAGACGUCAAUAACUUCGUGGUUGGCAGUGAGGAGGGUAUAGUCUACACGGCCUGUCGUCAUGGAAGCAAAGCAGGGAUUGGCGAAGUCUUUGAAGGUCAUCAAGGGCCAGUGACAGGAAUUAACUGCCAUAUGGCAGUGGGGCCUAUCGACUUUUCACACCUGUUUGUCACAUCAUCAUUUGACUGGACUGUCAAACUGUGGACAACAAAGCACAACAAGCCGCUCUACUCCUUUGAAGACAAUGCAGACUAUGUGUACGAUGUCAUGUGGUCCCCCGUGCAUCCCGCGCUCUUUGCCUGCGUGGACGGGAUGGGGCGCUUGGACCUCUGGAACCUCAACAAUGACACCGAGGUUCCAACAGCGAGUGUGGCCAUUGAGGGGGCAUCUGCCCUAAACCGUGUUCGUUGGGCUCAGGCUGGCAAAGAAGUGGCUGUUGGGGACUCGGAAGGCCGUAUUUGGAUCUACGAUGUUGGAGAGCUUGCCGUUCCCCACAAUGAUGAAUGGACCCGGUUUGCCAGAACCCUUGUGGAGAUCCGUGCUAACCGAGCUGAUAGUGAAGAAGAAGGCACAGUGGAAUUAUCUGCCUAGUGAAAAUGGGCUGCCAUCAUCCCAGUUCCCACCGUCACAUUCUAGAGCUCAGUGUCUGCAUUCUAGUUUGCUCAUCUUCAGUGUCCAUUCAGUAUCGGUAUUGCCAAUAUCCACAGUUUGGGUGCUAUGCUGUGCCAGCUAUGCUCAAGUACUAUGAAUGUUGUAUCUCACCCUGCUCUCCACUGACCUGAAAUUCACCAGAGCACUUCUCUCUUUAUAUUUCUGUCUCAAAAGUUGAGGGGGUCGGGUCGGAGGGAGAAGCCUUUAUGGAUUUAGUUGUUGCUUUUUUAACUACUUAGUAGCUGUAUUUAAUAGCUGGAAACCUCUGGUUAAAUUUGUGCUUACAUGCACUUCUGGCAUAGUCCUAUUAAAUCCAUAUGAAGCCAGAUAUGAUUAGGUGCAGAUGUGGUGUGCUUCAUGAUAUGGUACAGGGCCAAAGACUUGAGAUGUGGUGUUUUACAUGGUGACUCACAUUAUGAAUGGAUUUACUAGAAGAACAUUGCUGCUCCUUAUUUACUGUGGUGUGCUGCAUGGAACAUAUUUAUUUGAAAGCAUUAAAAUAAACGAUCUUAGAGCAUGUGCAUAAUGAGAGGACUGUAUUGUCUCUCUGCUGCUGUUGAGGUUACAUUAAGUUCCAAAUAACAAUUACAGUAUGUUGGUUCCACUGAAGACAUGAAAUCAUUAGAGAUUUGUUACAGUGAACAGAAUGAAUUUUAAUGCUUAUUAUUUCUAGGUAGUUUAACAAUAUUUCAAAUAUAGCUGAUGGCUGAUACUUGUCAUUCAAGAUAACACAGUCCAACCUGAGUCUGUGGUUCCUAAAUAUGACAUCAGUGUUGCCAGUAUGUUUCAAACCAGGUCUGUACCACCAUAACAUCCUUUCCUUGGGGAAAGCUUUACUAGAAUUUCAUUGCAACAAGUUGAUGGGGAAGAUGUAGUUGGACCACAUUAAAGAAUGAUAAUGAAUUUAUAAGCAAUGGACCUGACUAGACUUAAACCAAGAUUCCUGGUUUUAUUUUUAUGAGGGAAUGUGUGUGGUUUUGGAAAAAGUAUUUCUUUAUCUCCAUCAGGGAUACUUUUGCAUAAAGACUAUCUUAAAUGCUGGAGUAAGAGAAAUAGUUGAAGAUGAACAAAUAUAAAAUGUUCUACAUAUUUCAUUUUUUAAGAAAGUUAUGGCAGAAAAAUAUAUGUUUAUUACUAUUAGACCAGGAAAUAUAACUAUAAAAUUUUAAUAUAAUUUUUUUUCAAAGGGUCAUUUCACACCUAGAGAGAAUUAAAAUAAAUACUGGUUGAACCAUGAAAAAAAAAACAUUUAAAGACAGGCUUUCAGCUUUUUAGGAAGAGAAUUUACAUGUUGUUUCAUUGGUAGAGAUUCCUUGAACUGUGAGAUUUCUUUUGUUUUAAAAAAAGAUACUUUUUUGUCAAGUGUUCUAUGGUAUAUAGAUAUUGAAGUUCUUCAUAAUUGAAAUUAAAUAUUUAAAGGUAAAAUAUGUAUCUGAAAUAGGUUUAAAAGACAUCCAACGAAAAGUACUGGAAAAAUGUUUCUCAACUAUAUGCUAAAGGAUGUAAAAAUAAAAUAAUAAUCCUCGAGUUGCUUCUA